AUGACGCAACAGUGUCCGAAAUCCUGCAACAGAUGUAAAGAGGCGGCCGCGACACCAAAAGGUUGUCGGGACCUUGUGAAUCCCGUCACUGGUCGAUCGAAUUGCCCAAAAUUGAUUGCAUACUGCAAUAACAGCAGCUACAGAAAGCUAAUGGAACAACAAUGCCCAAAAACAUGCAGAUUUUGUAACUAG